CAGGCCCGUACACAUCUACUAGUUCUACUUCUACAGCUCCUUUACACAUGGUCACUUCCACAACAUCUACCAGUCCCACUACUACAGUUCUUUUACAGCCAGUCACUUCUGCGAUAUCUACUAGUUCAACUUCUACAGUUUCUUUAAAGCCAGUCACUUCUACAACAUCUAGUAGCUCUAUUUCUACAGCUCCUUUACACAUGGUCACUUCCACAACAUCUACCAGUCCCACUACUACAGUUCUUUUACAGCCAGUCACUUCUGCAAUAUCUACUAGUUCUACUUCCACAGUUUCUUCACAGCCUGUAACUUCCACAGCAUCUACUAGUUCAACUUCUACCGCUCCUUUACACAUGGUCACUUCCACAACAUCUACCAGUCCCACUACUACAGUUCUUUUACAGCCAGUCACUUCUGCAAUAUCUACUAGUUCUACUUCUACAGUUUCUUUAAAGCCAGUCAUUUCUACAACAUCUAGUAGUUCUAUUUCUACAGUCUCUUUACAGCCAGUCACUUCCACAACAUUUACUAGUUCUACUUCUACAGGUCUGAAUAUCACGCCGCUAGAAGUAUGCAGGACCACACGACGGUGUGUAGAUCUUCUUGACCAUAUAGAGAACAUGACAGCAGAAGUGCUUCCAUUGACAAAUGUGACCAGCAUUUUGAAUGCAGUCCUCAAUGCUUCAGAGAUGUUUUUAGAUUCAUCGUCAACUGACCCAAAUAAACUGGUCUCAGAUGGAAACCGUUUGUUAAAAGCCAGUGAGAAACUCGUGUCCAUGCUGGUAAAACCAACAAACACAAGUGACUAUGUCAAUUUUACUCUUGACACUUUGGAGGUAGAAAUCUUCAUGGUUGGACCAAAGGUCACCCAAGAGAAAAUCCCUCAACUUGAUACAACAAAAGCUUCUGUGGACAUCGAUCUCAUUGGGAUUGCCAAGAACAACAAUGAAACAAAAUCAGCUGCUGUGUCUUUUAUGAGCUACAAGACGAUGGAGAAUCUGCUGAAGCCAGACUUCUUCAGCACAUCAAAUGACACGAUUAAAACCAUGAUGUCUACUGUGAUCUCAGCUACUCUUCCCAAAACCACCAACACUACACUCACCAAACCAGUCAACUUCACCUUCAGACACAUCAGAGAGUUUGAUCCCAGUGGUUCUCUGUCCUGUGUGUACUGGAAUAUCAGCGAGUGGAUUGUAGAUGGUUGUUCUGUUUUAAAGACCAACAGCAGCUUCACUGUGUGUUCCUGUGUUCAUCUGUCCACAUUCGCUCUCAUCACGCAAACCAGCCGCCCACCAGAGAGCGACCCACUGCUGGAGCUGUUGAAUUUGGUGUGUGUGAUCGUGGGGCUGGUGUUCUUCAGUUUGGCCCUGUUGACCUUUGCCCUUUGUCAGUGGAGUCCUGGAGUGAAUAAUGUGGCUCGAAUCAACAUCUGCAUCAGUCUUCUGCUGGCUCACCUUCUGUUCCUGCUCACACAGCGGUUCUUGAGCCUCAUACGACCUCUGCAGGUGUUGUGUGCCGUGAUCUCAGGCCUUCUGCAAUUCCUCUUUCUCUCCGGCUUUGUGUGGAUGUUCAUUGAAGCUGUGCUGCUCUUCAUCUGUGUGAAGAACCUAUCACGGAUCAGCUCCAUUAAUAGGGAGGUGCUUAGCAGUGGAUUCCUGUGUGUGAUUGGAUAUGUAGUUUCUCUGUUUGUGGUGGCCGUGUCUGCUGUGGUGGAUCCUGAAGGCUAUGGAAGUGAAAAUUGCUGGAUUAAAAUGAAUACAGGCUUCAUUUCAAAAUUUCUGGGACCUGUUUGCAUGAUACUAAUGUCAAACAUGAUUCUCUUCAUCAAAAUCAUCAUCAGCUUAAACUCAACUCUCAAAAAUCUCAACGCUGAAGUUUCACAGAUGAAACAAACCAAGAUUAUGGUGUUUAAAACACUGUCUCAGUUUGUGGUUCUUGGUUGCUCCUGGAUUCUGGGUUUCUUCACUAAUAGCAGUAAGGUCCUGGAGAUCAUCUUUCUGAUCUUGAACUCCCAGCAGGGAACCUUCAUCUUCCUGAUCUAUUGUGUCCUCAAUAAUGAGGUCAGGCAGCAGUACAGGAAGUUCUUCAGAUAUAUUGGCUGUGUCAAACAACAGGACUACAGCAUCAUGUUCAGAAAGUAAAAAAAAAAAAAAAAACUACCACUAAAGUGCCAAUAAUAUGCAGGUUAAGUUAUGUUUAAAUUAAAAUACAGCAGAAUCAAUGUUUUUGGAUGUUAGUCUGACCUCUUUUUUGUUAAUGUUUUAUGAAAUAUAUUACAAGUGUUCUUAUAUUAGAGAUGACUGUACUAAAGGGCAAAAAAUAAAUGUGUUUACCAACACCUUGAAAAAUCUUAGUAAAUACAUUGUUUACUUAAUAUAAAAGCUU